AUACAGUGAGUGGCAGAGAAGAAACUAAGAAGCCUUUGAGUCCUCCCCAUUGCCGGGCGGCCCCGCGCCGCAGGAGCACAGCGCUGUCGCUUCGGCGCUGCCCGCUUCUCAUUGCCCGGCAGCCGCGACCCCCCUGCCUUGCCGUGCAGAGGCACAUGACCGCAGCCGACCCGCAGCCGGGGCUCCGGCGGCCGUUCCUCGAGUGCCGCAGCAGUAAGUGUGGACGUCUGUGUAAGUGUGAGAGGAUUAUGGUGGCGUUUAAAGGAGUCUGGACUCAGCCCUUCUGGAAAGCCGUUUCGGCAGAAUUUUUGGGCAUGCUCAUUUUUGUCCUCCUCAGCCUCGGCUCCACGAUCAACUGGGGUGGAGCAGAGAAGCCCCUGCCCGUAGACAUGGUCCUUAUCUCCCUCUGCUUUGGACUCAGCAUUGCCACCAUGGUGCAGUGCUUUGGACACAUCAGCGGAGGCCACAUCAACCCGGCGGUGACAGUGGCAAUGGUCUGCACGAGGAAGAUCAGCCUUGCCAAGUCCAUCUUCUACAUUCUUGCCCAGUGCCUGGGAGCCAUCGUGGGCGCGGGCAUCCUUUACCUUGUCACACCGCCCAGCGUGGUGGGCGGCCUGGGAGUCACUGCGGUACACAGAGAUCUUUCUGCUGGGCAUGGACUCCUGGUGGAAUUGAUAAUUACAUUCCAGCUGGUUUUUACUAUUUUUGCUAGCUGUGAUUCAAAACGAAGUGAUGUCACUGGUUCAGUAGCUUUAGCAAUUGGAUUUUCUGUUGCAAUUGGACAUUUAUUUGCUAUCAAUUACACUGGUGCCAGUAUGAACCCAGCUCGAUCAUUCGGACCUGCUGUCAUUAUGGGCAGAUGGGAAAACCAAUGGGUGUACUGGGUGGGACCAAUAAUUGGAGCAGUCCUUGCCGGUGCCCUGUAUGAGUACGUCUAUUGCCCAGAUGUUGAGCUCAAGCGCCGCUUCAAAGACGUCUUUGGUAAGGCUACCCAGCCUUCCAAGGGCAAGUACAUCGAGGUGGACGACAGCAGGAGCCAUGUAGAGACCGAUGACCUGAUCCUGAAGCCUGGCAUAGUUCAUGUGAUUGAUAUCGACAGGGGUGAGGACAAGAAGGGAAGAGAUCCAUCCAGCGAGGUGUUGUCUUCCGUAUGACUAGCAAGAAGCACUGAAAGCAGAGAGCAGCCUGGUAGCACGUCCACAGAUAUCCUUCCACCCAUUAAAGAAACAGAUCUCCUCUAGACUGAGCACCUUCCUCUUUUUGAAAGGUAUGGUGUGGGCAGCUGCAUGGAGUGGUGUCACCAAACCAUGCGCCUGCUCAGUUGGAAGAUUAGGACUUUGCUAUGAUUAGGAUUCCCCAUCUAUUAUUCCAAAUUUAGACUUGUAUUUUCCUUUAGUUCUUUCCGGAGCAACCCCAAAGUCAAAAAGAGAGAUGAAAGCAUUCUCCUUUAAUAAAUCAGUCAAUAAUGAGAUAAAGAUAGAAAUGUGUAACAUUCAGAUUGACAGUUAAGACAUAUCAGGAAAUGCCUAUAGACAUGAAGACCUACUUAUCAGAUUGUUCUUCUGACACUUAAUUGUCUGUUGUCAGCUCCAAUUAUAACAUCUUACCCAUUAAGCGUUCUCUGUGAGGUUCAGAGAAAGCACCAGCACUAUUUAAGAGUUUUAUCUAUAGUCAAGCAAAGGAGUAUUGUUUCCACUCAUGUACAUCACUAUUGCCUUGAAAACUACCUCUGAAAAAAAUGAUACUUUAACAGACUUUUAAAAAAAAAUUCUAUCAACCCAUCAAAUUUUAGUCUUGUGAUUUCCCAUAUAAAUACAUUACCUUCAUCCCCAAGAGUAAAUAUGCUGACAUGGAAUGUUGAAGUGUGUGAUAAUAAGGCUGCAAAGCAGUUGAUUGUACUUCAUGCUCCCUCUUGUCAUUGUCUAUCUGGUGAAACAUUCUCCUGAGGUUUGACUAUUGACCAUUUAGUGUUAGCAGACUUUCAAGGUCAUGCAAAGAAUAUAAAGGCUUUCCUGUUACUUAAUAACUUAAAUAAGAGAUAUCAGAAGAAAAGAAGGCAUAUCUGUUUUCAGUGCACUUGUUUGAAUACACAUUUCUGUGCUAAUUUAUGUAAACUAAAGGUUUAAAUUACUUACCUAUUUUCUUACGAGAUGGUUGGAGAUAGUGUUUUUUAAUUUAUUAGUAAUGUAGAGGGGUUUUAACUUUUAACUGUAUUGAGACACUGAUUGGGAAAUAUUUUUUUAUAACAGAUGAUAAAAAUAUGACUGCUUCUGGCUUUUUGUUGUAACUGUUGCCUAACUAUUUGAACAGGUUCCCUGCUUGUUCCAGUAUUCAUAUAGUCAUAAACUACACCUCUGGCAAAAGUUGCUUUAUCUGUUGUUAGAAAAAGGUUCAACUGCUUGCAGGGUGUUUUAGGGGAAAAAGGACAUGAAAUAUGUCUGUAAACAGUCUUUCCCCUAUAGAGGUUUUUGCCAGGCAUAAUCACCCCAGCAGAACAUUUCUGUAAAGCUGUUACUGACUUACUGCUUUUGUUUCUGAUCAGUGGCUUUGAGUUUUACAAUAUGCAGCUGCAGAGCAGUCAGGAGCAUGGUAUUAUAUUGUAAUUAUAUAGGUUUUAUAUUUAAAUUGAAAAGCUACCCCUGCUUAUUUAGCAAUAAGAGAGAAAAAAAAGUAUUAGUCCUGACUGUGGGCUGUAUUAGCCUCAUCUGUUCUUUGACAUACUCUACAUGCAAUCUUUAUCACAGGGAAUUAGAUGUUUCUAAUUAUAAUAAACGACUACAACCCUCAAAUCUGUGCACUAUGAUCCCAGGGCAAUUCUAGUAUCCCAGCUUGCAGGGAUAUGUUGUAUCAUCCCAGCAUGUCCUUUUUCAAGUUUCACACUUUUCUUGUCUUAAACCCUGCUAGUGUGGUGCAAGUUCCCUGCACUGAGCACAAGAUGCAUGACUCCUUCAUGCAUUUGCAGUUGGGUGUGGCUGGGGACCUGCAGUGGACAAUGUCAAAUUGCAGAUAAGAGCUCCUUCCCACAGCAAGGACUAAGUCUCCCAAGGGAAGGGCAGCACAGGUGUGGUGUUAGACCUCUGCUCAGAUGGAUAAAUACCAUGAUAAAGAGAUUCAAUGAGAAAGAGCAAAACUCAUUGGGGCAUUUAUCUAGGCAUUUAGUCAGGCUUUAUUUUUUUUAUAUAGUUCCAAUCUGUAUUUGUUAAAGGGACAUUUUGGUUAAACCUUUUGCAUGGCUUAAAAAGGUGAAGAGUAAUACACAUAGAAUUGGCGGAUUUUUAAGCAAAGGUUUGCAUUUUUUGUAUUUAAAGACACUCCUUAAUUUGUGAAUUUUGCAUGGUACUGUGUUAUUUAAAUAAGAAGCUGUGAUUUGUUUUAUGCUUAAGGGUCCUUUACACAAAUGGCUUGAUGUGUGUUUUCCUCACCCAGCCUGAUUCUGCUGCUGAGGUGAGCAUAAUGUGAGCAUAGCACCAGCCACCUCUGUUAGGAGGAUCUUUUUCCUGAAACCUUCUUUAUUAAUGGACUGUGGUAAACACUCAGAACCAGCCAAACUCCUUAUUGAGGAUAAGAUCCUGAGACUUCUGAAAAGAGCAGGGAAAAGAAGGGAUGCUAAAAUAGAGGCCACCAGACAGUAAAGGUUGAUGCCAUGCCAUUAGACAUUAGACAUGAGCAGGUAAGCAACGUGUGGUAGGUCUGCUGCUGAUCCCACAGAUUAAAACUUGUGGAGGAGUUUGUCAUUGCCUACAGUGGAAAUGAGCCUGAGCUUUUUUGGGGCCCGAUGGCUUCUCUCACACACUUCACUCUGUUUUUUCUAAAAUCUGAGGCUUUCAGCAAUAUACUUAAUUUUGGAAGAAGAUGCAUUCAACUUGAGGUUUAUGACCCACCCUAAAGUAAAUCUUUAGGAGUGGCUGUAAUUACAGGUGUUUCUGCCCCACCACAAGACAUCACCAUUCAUAUAAAGGAACAUCACUCUACAGUAUCUAUUAGGACUUAGUUUAGCAGAGGGGUAUGUGCCCCUCUAGGCUGUCUUGCAAUGGUAUCAUCACUGUACAGAAGGCAUACUUGGUUAAAUAAUAGACUAGCACGACCUUUUUGUGGGUUCAAGAUACAUUUGCUUUAGUAUUUUUUUUAAAACAUGUACUUUGAUACUGUUUGAGUGAGAUUUGUGUUCUAAAGCUCUUCAGCUCUAUAUUGCACCUCAUACUUGAUGUGCUGUUAAAACAUUUCUUGGUUUUGGUGGGAAAUGUUUUUUUGUUUAUGAUGAUGGAUGGAUGUCACAGGAAGACUGGCAGGUCUAUCAUCAUUUUGGGGCCCCAAAAAUUGGAUGAGACUCACUCCUCCUUGAUGGCACGAGUGUUUUCAAUGCUGUAUCUGCACUUUAACAAGCACCUUCAUAAUAUUAAGUCACUGGGUUUGGUUUCAGAAAAGAAAGCAUGGAAGCUAAGGGUGAUUCCAUUGAAGCUCACAAAUACCUUUUUGGGGUGUGUGUACUCUGAGGAGCUCAUCACCCAGAUUCUAACUAUUCUCAGGAAAAAACAAAAGAAAAACGAAACCUCUGCAGCAUUCAAGUUGUCAUGAUAACCCUUCUGUUGAAGUGUUCCACCUUUCACUGGAAGUAGGAGUGAGAUUCAUCUCAUGUCUUGUUUAGGCUUGUCACGUGUAUUUGCAUAUCAGCUUUUCAAAACGCGCUUUAUUUCUGAUUAUUAGUAAUCACCACAGUAUGUGCUUCGAAAGCUAGAUGGCCAUCUACCUUUCUAGUGCUUGAUGGCAGAGCAGCAGCUGCUGUGCCCUGAAACAUCUUAUCUGGUGGCUGUGUAACACAUUCAGGACAUUAUACACCAUCCAAUAUUUUUAAUCAUAUUAAAUUAUGUGAGAAUUUACAUUGUGAGUCUUUCUUUUCAAUGUGAGAGGUGAAAACACCAUGCACAAUUUUUUGUAUCUCAGUUCAGCCUGUGUGUAUCUGAGUUUCUCAAGGACUUUCUAAAUAGACAAUAUGUAAAUAUAGACUGAAGUAUUUGCUACCCACUCCUAUUGAUCUAAGUCAUCCUGUUGCAGACUGAAAUUUAGGACAAAUGAGGUAAAGCAAACUGUGUAUAUGGAUUUUUCCACAAGAAUGCUUAUUUUUUAAGUGCUUAGUCAUCAUGAUAUCAGAACUAAUGUAAUAGGACUUAAAAUUUCCAUAUGUAACAUUUGGAAUAAUCUACUGAAAAAUUCACUAUAAAAUAAUACAUGAUUAUCUGGUUCCCACAUGUAUUCUACUGUAUCUCACACUACUGUUGCUAAUAAAGAUGUGUCCAAAAAAAAAAAA